AAUUCUCUAAUACUCGGAGUUCCAGAUAGAUACGGAGGAUAAGCGUCGAGGAUCUUGUAAAAUCCAGUGGACAUUGGCUUGGAGCUGGCAAGAAGGACGACUUCUUCUUACGCCUACUUGGCACCGAAGUGGGUGACUGCAGCCUUAUCGAGCCGACGCGAGAUUCUGGAUUGUGGAGGAUUCGCGAGUCGGCACACCGCGGUUUAGCUGUUGCCGAGCUAAUGGCGAUUUUGCAGCACCUGGCGAAAGCCGUUGCCCCCGUGACGAGGUCGAGGUCGUCCGGAUGUUUUCCUCCAUCGGACGAAUGCGCGAGGACUGUAAUCGUCAAGAGCUUCUCCUGGCGGCGAAAGCUUUCGAGUUCCGUUUUUAACGGCCAUGCCGCGGGAUGGGAGAACACAAGUGCUCGAACACGUUGUUCAUCUGGGCCUGCGGAGGACACUGAGGAGUCGGAGUUUCUCGACGACCUCCGAGUACCACAAGCUUGGGUAGUUCCCGAAGUCGCCGCUCAGGAAGCAGAGUGGCUUAGAGGUGCACUACACCAAUGGCUCGACGACGAGUAUUGUCCGGAGCCUGCAAAUGAAGAAAUUAGCAAGCGUUGUUCGAAAGUGUUUUACUAUUGUCUGCUAGAACAGCAACUGGAUGUAGGAGAUAUUCUAAUGCAAAUGGUGCGAGGUCUAGAGACCUUUUCUUUCAAAGAGAGCUUUCACGGGGCUUUCUCCUCUGCUAAUGCGGCCGUUGAUCUCAUAACGAAGCGUAUGCGAUCCUUGGAGAACAAGACCUACUAGCACGAAGUUUGACCAUUAUCCAGGAAUGUACAGGUCGACGAUCCAUCCGCAGGUAGAGGUCGAUUUUUUGCCGCUGAGAGAAAGAGUAUAUUCCUAGAAGUUAUCAGUGAUACGAAUUUCCAAUAUAUCUUAUUACUGUACAUACUGUACACACAAAAAGUACCUCCCAGCAGUUUUCUCCAGUUCGACUUUAUUGCUGUUUGCUUACUCUUUCUUCUGGCUUGGUAAAUUGUUCGAGUCAUGCUUCUGAAGUUGCUCAUGGCACCAUCCUCUUUUGUGAAGCAUUUCUUACGUGGCUGAGUUUUAUCAGUGGAAGAUAGCAGAUAGCUGGGGCGUUCAAAACGCAAGGUGAGCUUCUUACUGCACAUCGUGAGGAUCUGUAGUGUAAACUCCAGUUACAAGUUCUUUGGUAGAUCUCCUUUAACAUGUCUAUUUUGCAACGGAGCUGGUACCCUGCUCUUUAAAUCAUUUGAAGUCCGAAUUCUAGCUCAUUGUGCUGAGAUAUCAACUUAUGUAGCUACAGUUUGUAUGUCAAGAGCUUUGGAACGAAAGAGUUUCGGAGAAUGAUAUUGGCUUAAAUUUUGGAAUAUCUAAUUGAUAAUUGAAAAAGCUAUCACAACAUUUUUAUCUGUGUCUAUGGCUCAGGAGUUAGGAGUCGUAUGGCUCCGUCGGUGCAGUCCCAAGUGGAGUGCAGAGAAAGCAAGUUAUUAUGUUUUUUAUAUUCUGGUAGUUGAUGGGUGCUCGGUCAUCCACUCCAAUGACCUUGCAAGUCUACUUCAGUUUUUUCCGUCAAGCAAGCUUAUGUUACUCCAAGCUUAGCAAUUGUUCUGAGUGAUCUCUUUGCUCAGCAAGUUGCGUCUUAAUUCUUGUUUGUCGCUCACGUUUGCAAACACCAGUUGGGAAGUGUCUUUUAAACUCAGUCCAGAAAGCAUGUUGUAGCAGUUGUGAGAGAAAAGUAGACGCAUGGGACAGAAACUGAUGGUGGGAAAACAUCAUGAAUAUAAAUACGGAAGAAAGGGCAAAAAAAUUUUAGAGCAAUCCAGGACAAAGACAAGAGUAUAGGGAGAGUCCUAGACCAUCUUGUGGAUGCCAACUUUGUGACUGUUGCUGUGACUUCUUCCCACAAUGUGAGUACGAGUAUCAAUGUGUAGUUUGAAGGUAAGACGCGUAUCGUUAUCUUCUGCAUAGUGCCGAAGCUUACCGCUUUGUCAAUUAUAGGUGCUCGCCGUUGCAAAGAUGGCAAUUAAGUCGUGAAUAGCGUUGUUAUCGUUGUUUGAUAGAGCGAGUUUCUCCAUAUCUGGUCGAACCACUACAAAAUACUGUUGACAUGUAAUUACGCUUGUAUCUAAACUUCCUUGUACUCCAAUUAUUCAAAUAGAGGACUACAGCAUUACAAACUC